CGCUCCUUCCCGCCGUCACCUCCAUCUCUCUCCCAGCAUGGCGUCCGGCCUCAAGGCGGCCUCGUACCAUGCGCCGCCCGUGCGCUCGCCUGCGGGCGCAGACAUCAACGUCAUCCGCUGUCUCGACGCCUCCAUCCAUCUCGGCUUCCACCUCGCCUCUCACAUCGCCGACGUGCUCGUCGAGCAGGUGCCCAGCAGCACCUACAUCCUGCUGACCGACACGCGCCUUGCCACGCUGCAUGCGCCCGCGCUGCUCGAUGCGCUGCACGCCAAGCUGCGUGCCGCCAGCGGCGCCUCGCGCGUCCUCACGCGCGCCAUCCCGCCGGGCGAGGGCAGCAAGAGCCGCGCGACAAAGGCCGAGCUGGAGGACUGGAUGCUGGCGCAGGGCGUCACGCGCGACGCCGUCGUCAUCGCCCUCGGCGGCGGCGUCGUCGGCGACCUCUGCGGCUUCGUCGCUGCCACGUUCAUGCGCGGCGUGCGCUACGUGCAGGUGCCCACGACGCUGCUCGCCAUGGUCGACAGCGCCGUCGGCGGCAAGACGGCCAUCGACACGCCAAAGGGCAAGAAUCUCAUCGGCGCCUUCCACCAGCCGACGUUUGUCUUUGUCGACGCCGCGUACCUGCAGACGCUGCCUGAGCGCGAAUUCAGCAACGGCAUGGCCGAGGUGGUCAAGACGGCGGCCAUCUGGGACGCCGCCGACUUCCACAAGCUCGAGUCGUCCGCGCCUGCGAUCCGCUCCGCCGUUCUGGGCCCGUUCCCCGAGGGGCAAGCCGCCGACGCCGGGCGCGAGCUGGGCACGCGCAGCGAGGCGCAGACAUUGCUGCUCGACGUGAUCCGCGGCAGUGUCGGCGUCAAGGCGCACAUCGUGACCAUCGACGAGAAGGAAAUGGGCCUGCGCAACCUCGUCAACUUUGGGCAUUCGAUCGGACACGCCAUCGAGGCGGUGCUGACGCCGGACAUGCUCCACGGCGAGUGCGUCAGCGUGGGCAUGAUCCUCGAGGCCGAGAUCGCGCGCGGCAUGGUCGGGCUCUCGCAAGUCUCCGUCGGCCGUCUCUCGCGCUGCCUGCAGCAGUACAACCUGCCCAUCUCGCUCUCCGACGCGCGUAUUGCACGCCUCCCGCGAGCAGACGGCCUGAGCGUCGAGCGUCUGCUCGACAUCAUGCGCGUCGACAAGAAGAAUGCGGGCCACGAGAAGAAGAUUGUGCUGCUCUCGCGCAUCGGUGCCACCGCAGAGCAAAAGGCCAGCACGGUGCACGACAGCAUCAUCGAGCGCGUGCUCAGCGCCGGCGUGCGCGUCGUGCCGAUUGCCCGUUCGCCGCCCAAGGCCAGCGCCACGCUGCAGCCCCCGGGCAGCAAGAGCAUCUCCAACCGCGCCCUCGUGCUCGCCGCGCUUUCGAGCGGCACCUGCCGCGUGCGCAACCUGCUGCACUCCGACGACACGCAGGUCAUGAUGGCGGCGCUGCGCGACCUCAACGCCGCAGAGUUCGAGUGGGAGAACGAGGGCGAGACGGUCGUGGUGCGCGGCAACUCGGGCCGCAUGAGCCCGCCGGCCAAGGGCAAGGAGAUCUACCUGCAGAACGCAGGCACGGCGGCACGCUUCAUGACGGGCGUCUGCUCGCUCGUCGCCGCCGACGCGGCCGACUCGCACGUCGUCGUCACGGGCAACGCGCGCAUGAAGGAGCGCCCGAUUGGCGCCCUCGUCGAUGCGCUGCGCACCAACGGCACGAGCGUCGACUACCUCGGCUCGUCGGGCUGCCUGCCUCUGCGCAUUGCCUCCGGCGGCCUCGCGGGCGGCCACAUCCAGCUGAGCGCCAGCAUCAGUUCGCAGUACGUCUCCUCCAUCCUCCUCGUGGCGCCGUACGCACAGAAGGAAGUCACGCUCGAGCUCGUCGGCGGCGCCGUCAUCUCGCAGCCGUACAUCGACAUGACGCUCGCCAUGAUGCGUGACUUUGGCAUCGUUGCCGAGCGCCUCGUCGACGACGCAGGCAAGCCGAGAGAUGCGUACCGCGUGCCGCAGGGCGUCUACCAGGCGCCGGAGACGUACGACGUCGAGAGCGAUGCGAGCAGCGCCACGUACCCGCUCGCAUUCGCGGCCAUCAUGGGCACUGAGGUCGUCGUGCCCAACAUCGGCUCGGCAAGUCUGCAAGGCGAUGCUCGCUUCGCUCGUGACGUGCUCAAGCCGAUGGGCUGCGCCGUGGAGCAGGGUGCCUCGAGCACGACCGUGCGCGGCCCUGCCGUCGGCCAGCUGCGGCAGCUCGGCACAAUCGACAUGGAGCCCAUGACGGAUGCCUUCCUGACUGCGUCGGCGCUCUUCGCCGUCGCGGCGCCCGGCGUCAAUGGCGAGACGUCGACGCGCAUCACGGGCAUUGCGAACCAGCGCGUCAAGGAGUGCAACCGCAUCAAGGCUGUCAUGGACGAGCUGGCCAAGUUCGCCGUGCGCACAAUUGAGCACCCCGACGGCCUUGAGAUCUUCGGCGUCGCGCCCGCGCAGCUGCGUGCGGACGCCAGUGUGCACUGCUACGACGACCACAGGGUCGCCAUGGCGUUCAGCGUGCUUGCCGUGCUGGCGUCGGGCGGCUCGGGCGCCGUGAUGGAGGAGGCGCGCUGCACGGCAAAGACUUGGCCCAGCUACUGGGACGACAUCUCGCGCUCGCUCGGCAUCGCCUUCGUCGGCGCCGACAUUCCGAUUGUCCGCCCGGCGGCGUCCACCAGCGCCAAGCUGAGCACCAUCAGCGACAGUCUGACGCCCGUGCAGUACGCCCGCGAUGCGAGCAUCAUCUGCAUUGGCAUGCGCGCCUCGGGCAAGACGUACCUGGGAGGCUUUGGCGCUGCGGCUUUGCGGCGGCCCUUCCUCGAUGCGGACGUCAUCUUCAACGAGCGCUUCGUGCUCAACGACUUUGUCGCCACGCACGGCUGGCCGGCAUUCCGUGCCGCAGAGACGGAGAUCCUCAAGGAGCUGCUUGCCAACAAGAGCACCGGCCACCUCAUCUCGCUCGGCGGCGGCGUCAUCGAGAGCGCCGAGAACCGCGCGCUGCUGCAGGAAUACGCGCGAUCGCGCGGCCCCGUCGUGUACGUGAUGCGCGACGUCGAGGAGGUCGUCAAGUUCCUCGAGACGUCCGACCGGCCGGCGUUCGGCGAGCCGGUGCGCGACGUGCACAAGCGCAGAGUGCCGCUGCUCUACUCGUGCUCGAGCUACGAGCUGGUCAGCUACUCGGGCAGCUCGUUCGACGCCGAUGCAUUCGACGCCGAGACGGGCGCGGCCCUCUUCGAUGCCAACGACUCGGCGCUUGGUGCGCCGCACCGCUCCUCGUCCAUCCGUCCUGCGCAUGGCCUCGAGGCAGAGGUGGCGCGCUACUUCCGCUUCAUCGCCGGCGUCGAGACGAACCACGUGCCGGAGCUGGCCUCGGGACGCCCGACGUUCAUGCUCUGCCUCACGUUCCCCGACGUCACGCCCGCACUGCCGCUCAUGGAGCAGCUGACGUCCGGCGCCGACGUGAUUGAGCUGCGCGUGGACCUGCUCGACCCCUCCGGCACCGCUCCCACCACGCCGCAAGUGCCGGCCUUCGACUACGUGGCCGUGCAGCUGGCGGCCCUGCGGCAGCGCACCAACCUGCCGAUCAUCUUCACCGUGCGCUCCAAGAGCCAGGGCGGCAUGUUCCCGGACAACGCCGUCGAGGAGUACUUUGAGCUGCUCAAGCUGGGUCUCCGCCAGGGCUGCGAGUAUCUCGACGUCGAGCUGCGCUACCCCGAGGAGCGGCUCGAGACGGUCCGCGCGCACCGAGGACACACGAAGCUCAUUGCCUCGUGGCACGACUGGAGCGGCGCCUUGCGCUGGGACGCGGCGGACACGCUGGCCAAGUACGAGCUGGCCCUGCGGAUAGGCGACGUCGUCAAGAUCAUCGGGCGCGCGGACAGCAUGGCGGACAACGUGGCGCUGGAGCAGUUCCGCCUGCGCGUCGCCGCGCGCAGCGACGCCAAGCCGCUCAUUGCGCUCAACAUGGGCGUGGCGGGCCAGCUGAGCCGCGUGCUCAACUACACCAUGUGUCCCGCCACACACGCCGCCAUGCCGUUCCCCGCGGCUCCCGGGCAGCUCACCGUGGCGCAGCUGCACGCGGCGCGAGCCCUCGCCGGCGUCAUCCCCGCGCAGCAGUACGCGCUCUUCGGCACGCCGAUCAAGCACUCGCUCAGCCCGACGCUGCACAACACGGGCUUCAAGGAGCUCGGCCUGCCGCACCACUACGGCAUCAUCGAGGUCGACCACGUCAGCAGCGAGAUCAAGGCGUUCAUCCGGCAGCCCAACUUCGGCGGCGCGAGCGUAACGAUCCCGCUGAAGCUUGACAUCAUGGCCGAGCUGGACAGCAUCACGCCUCACGCGCGCGCCAUCGGCGCCGUCAACACGAUUGUGCCUCGGCGCGCCGGCGCCGGCCCCGCGCUGCUGGAGGGCGACAACACGGACUGGAUCGCCAUCACCGAGUGCUCGCGGCGCAACCUUUCGCCGCUGGCCCUCUCUUCGCCCGCGUUCACCGCGCUCGUCAUCGGCGCCGGCGGCUCGGCUCGCGCGGCCAUAUACGCCAUGCACAAGCUGGGCGCGCGGCGCAUCUUCCUCUUCAAUCGCACCAAGGCCAACGCCGACAAGCUGGCGGGCGAGGUGCCGGCCGAGUGGCACGUCGAGGUCGUCGCGAGCCUCGAGAGCCUGCCGUCGCAGCCCAGCGCAGUCGUCAGCAACGUGCCGGCAGACGGCACGAGCCUGGACGCGAGCAGCGGCGCAGGUGUCAUCCUCCCUGCGUCCAUCCUGAACAAUGCAGAGGGCGGCGUGGCGAUCGACAUGUCCUACAAGCCCUCGCACACGCCGCUCAUGGAGCUGGUGGAGCGCACCAACGCCGCCGCCUCGGCCAAGGCCGACCGGCACAACCUGCGUCAGGGCCGGCUGUGGACGGGCGUGCCGGGCCUCACGAUUCUCCUCGAGCAGGGCUGCCACCAGUUCCUGCGCUGGACGGGCCGCCAGGCGCCGCGUGCGGAGAUUGAGCGUGUCGCCUGGCAGCGCUACCGCGCCCAGUGAGGCGGCGUCUGUAAGCGCAGCGCCUCGGCGAGAGGUGGGAAAAGCAAAUAGAACGUCUAUGAGCGCA